AUGUUCCGCAUACGCUCUUCAAUAUCGCGCAUAACUUGUCGGCCAAGCGCAUCAAUCAGACGACCGAGCCAGACGCGGUUCGCGACUAAUAAACAUGCUGGUUCCACCGGCCGCAAGAAAGGGCAGAAGGUCCACUGGUCAGAUGAAAAGCUGCAGACAAGCGAGAAGUUUCCGUUGAGCUUAGCCCUGAACGAAGUCAUACACCCCAGCCUAGAACCCAAGAUAAAGCGAAGGCCUUCUACAUCAAGCCUGUCGUUAUCUUCUAGUGGUCACGUUAGAACACAGAUUGUAAGUCCAGACCUAUGCGACGAUGUACUCAAGUAUAUUGGGCAUACGCUAGAGAAGCACAAGGGCUGCGACAUCCUUGACAUCAACCCAGGCGCUGGUCUCUGGUCACGGAAGCUUCACGACUUUCUGCAGCCGCGAAGCCAUGUCCUCCUCGAACCGCGACACGACAGGUUUCAAUCCUUUCUCGAUCCUCUUCUCACUGCGCCCGACUCGAAAUACUCGCUCAUAGUGAAAGAUCCAUGUGAGCUGGACACGUACAGAACCAUGGUCGCCGAUGGAGUCUUCCCACACCAAACUCGUCGAGAUGCCAAAGAUCCCAAGGCGCAAGAACAUAACAAUACGCUACUAGUGACGGGCUCUCUAGUAUGGGAUCCCCGGCUCCCAGGCCUGGGCUUCGACUCCAUGGCGAAACAGCUAUUCCACCACUUCACCUCCGCCGCAUCCUCGCAUGAUCUCUUCCAUGCCUUCGGUUUGGUUCGAACUUUGUUAUGGGUACAGCGCGAUGACUUCAGUGGCAUGAUUGCAGAAUCAGUGUCCGGUAUGCAGAAGGCCAAUCGCAUUCUGGAGAUGACGCAUGAUAUAAACGUGGUCGUAAACCCUGAGCGCACCCACCGUAAACUUGGUAGAGGCUCUACCGCCCGCGAACCGCAGUACGAGAUCGAGAGCACAAUUCGCGCCCUGGAGGCGGGGAGGAAAAAGGGCAUGGAUCCUCCACCCCACCGCCGUGAACUCAUGUACGACUUCGCCGUUGACCUCAAAGAAACGUUCGAGAGUACUGGCGUAAUUCGUAGUGGCGUUAUACAAGAAUACCUCCACCGACAACAGCUGGCGGGCAAGUCAACGGCUGGGCUGCUGCAGGAGAGCUUUGUUGAGCACUAUGACCGUGAAAAGUUCAUACGCGACGAAUACCCAGAGGUCAACUUGGAGCAGGUGAUGGCAGCUCCAGGGACAAAAGCAGUGCCCAAACCCAAGCUCACGGACCAUCCUGCCAAAGACGAGAUUUCAAAAUUCUCUAAAAAGCGGUCAAAUAUCUGGAACGUGCUUAAGAUCAAGGGAGACGUUGAAGCCAUUGCUGACAUAGGAGAGGCACUAUAUUAUCUUGAGUGUAAGAUCCUCGAGAUGGGAGACGGGCCAGAGAAGGAUUCGUUGAUGAAGAAGCUAGAGGACCUAGAUCAAACUUGGCAGCGCGGCGUCGACAAUAUUGCACUCAACUAUGCAUCUACACCUCUAGCAGAGACUGACGACCGCCUCGCUAUGCGCGCACUCCCUUACCCACGUCUCCAAUGGGACUAUCGCCCCUUUGAACCUCUCAUCAUGUCACCCUUGGAAGUAUGGCCCCAGAAUCGACUCUCUCUCAUCUCCGCCGAACCCAUCCCCAAAGCCGCUUUCCAGGACCUUGACUGGUUCGAAUGGGUGCAAGACUUCGUUUAUGGUCUCUACCGGCAGCCUGCGAUGAGCAUUAGUCACGCGCUGGAUAAGAUGCAGCAUGGUUUGAGUGAUAUCGUUAAGGAUUGUCCGACCUUGAGAGAUCCGGAGAAAGGAGGGAGACUGUUGAUGCAUCACUUAAGGGUCAGGAUGCUGACUAUAGAGAUGAUUGAAGAGCUUGUUCGUGUGUAUAGGGACUGGCCUUUCAAGGCACCAGCGAGUAAUCACAACAAGUAUUUUCGGUAUGGUAUAGUAAGGCAAGGACCUGUAGAGUAG